UGCAUACCUCCCAAGCUGAUCCUCUUUCGACAAAUUGAUUCGUCGAUGGCCGAGAUCCUGUACACGUGCAAGCGCACCGUGGUGAGCACGAAGCCGGUGCAACCGGGGAAGCGCUUUCCCUUGUCAGUCCUCGACCGCCUGAUGGAGCCGAAGCACCUGAGGGUCGUGUACUACUACCGGUCAGACGGCCCGGGCAGGGAAGCCGGGGAAUGGACCAGGAUGCUGAGGGAGAGCCUCGCGAGGACGCUCACGAGCUUUCCCAAAGCGACCGGACGCCUGCAGAGGGACGGCGAAGGGCGCUGGGAGAUCGAGUGCAACGAUGCGGGAGUGAGGGCGGUGGAGGCUCGAGCCAGAGGAAGCGUCGAGGAUUGGUUGCGGAACGCGGGGAGGGAGGACGAGUUGAGGCUCGUCCACUGGGAGGAGAUGUUUCAGACUCCAUAUUUUUGGUCCACCUUCUAUGUUCAGGUGACUGAAUUUGAAGGAGGAGGGUUUGCUAUUGGGUUGAGCUGCAUCCAUCUCUUGGCUGAUCCAAUCUGUGCCACCAUGUUCAUCAAGGCUUGGGCAGACAUGACUCUCAAUGCCCAAUUGACUGCUCCUCCGUCGUUCCGCCCGCUCCCGAAACGACAACCAAGCCGCCGAAACGAUCCCGACCACAGCAACUCAUUGAUCAACCAUUACAAGACCUCCAUCAACACCUCAAGCCCCAAUCCCGGUGCAAAGUUCACCACCCUCUCUCUUGCAUUCAGCGAGCCCGUAGUCCGAUCAUGCGUCGCCAUGGCCCGGCCCGUGGACGUUGCUGAUGGGCCAGGCCUGUCGCCGUUCGAGGCGCUGGCCGGGCUCUUUUGGGCCUGCAUAAGCAAGGUGAAGGGAAAAAGAGAGGGCCUUGUAAGCAUGUGUUUGGGCCUAGAUGUGAGAAAACUUUUGGGCCUUGAAAGAGAGUUUUUUGGGAACUGCAUGGUCUACAAUAAUAGUUUUCAUGCCGGAGAUAAUGAGGAAGACAAUAGUUUACCAGGAGCAGUUAAGGCCAUAGGAGAGAUGAUGGCAAAAUUGGACAAGAAUGGGGUCAUGGAUUUAGUAGAGUGGUUAGAGCUUAAUGACGAUAGCCGACCCGAGAACGCUAGAUCCCUCAACUUUUCCGAGCUACUAUUUCUUAAUCUGGAAGGUGUUGAACCUCAUACGGCCCACUUUCAAGACACGCAUGCACCAAUUCAUGUCUCUUGUUAUCUUGAGCCAUCAUGUGAACAAGGGCAGGUCGUGAUCCUUCCUUCUACACCAGCAGACGGGCCGAUGAGCCGGGUGGUCAUGGUGACACUUCCAGAGGAUGAACUGGUGAAGCUUUUGGAGGAUGAUCUUCUCAAGAGCCUGGGGCCUACCGUUUCAAUGGGAGUGAACAAGAAUAGAGCUUGACUAGUCAAGAAUCAAGAGUCAGGAGUGAGCACUCCUAAGUCAUCACAUUAGUUCUUAGUUUUCAUGCAAGUUCAUGAAGUCCUCACUUGGGUCAAAACUAUAAGCAUGUCAUUGUCUUUUCACUCUACCUGUGUAAUCAUUUGCAUUGUGGAAUAACAAGAUGUGAAAUGACAUUAAUUCCUCA